AUGCGUCCAGGCAAGAUCCUCCCACCUACACCACCUCCUCGACGAACGCCACCAUUGUACACAGCGACGUCAAACACAGCAAGCAUUCCUUUGGAUUUCUGGUCAACCCGAGUGAUACUCUCGGAGCACACCAAGAUGCAGCACACCAAGACCCCGCAAGAUCCAAACCUCUACGGUCAACCGCCGCCCAAGAAGCGCAAAAACGACACGGCCCUCGGCAGCUCGCUCGACUUCACAGCCCAACUCACCUCCCUCAUGUCGGCCACGCCCUCCUCAGCACCCUCCGCACCAGCACGGCCUCGACCCUCCAAGGCACGAUCCAGCCUCUUUGGCGGGAAAGGAAGAGAUAACGACAGGCAGAAAAAGAAAUCCGCAGACGCAGCUAGCAGCAGCAACAAGUUGAACCUAAAAGACCCGCUCGGCACGGAAGAAGAAACGUCAAACCUCGCCAGCGCACGGCGCAAGAUGGAAGAGAAGGCACGCCUCUACGCAGCCAUGAAGCGGGGCGACUACGUCCCCAAGGAGAACGAGGCGGCGCCCCUCAUCGACUUUGACCGAAAAUGGGCCGAAUCCGAGGACAAGAAGAACGGCCGCCGGGAGGAUGCGAGCUCAAGCGGCUCCGACGAUAACGAGUCCGACGGCGACGGCAACGACGAGGACAACACAAUCAUAGAAUACGAAGACGAAUUCGGCCGUCUCCGCCGCGGCACAAAAGCAGACAAGGAACGCCUCGAGCGCCAGCGCCGGCGCGGCCUCCUCGGCGCCGAAGAGCUCGAACGCAUGUCGGCCCGCCCCGCGGCCCCGGCCAAGCUGCUGUACGGCGACGCCAUCCAGACCAUGGCCUUCAACCCGGAGGACCCCGAAAAGAUGGCCGAGCUGGCCAAGAAGCGGGACCGCAGCGCCACGCCGCCCGAGGCCAGGCACUACGACGCCGACAGCGAGAUCCGCACAAAGGGCACGGGCUUUUACAAGUUUAGCAAGGACGAGGAGACGAGGCAAAAGGAGUUUCAGGGGCUCGAAGAAGAAAGAGUGCGGACGGAGGCGGCGAGGAAGGAGAGGGAGGAGAAGAAGGAGGCGAGGCGCAAGGAGAUUGAGCAGCGGCGGAAAGAGGUCGAGGCCAGGAGAGCCAAGAAGAUGGCUGAGAACUUUUUGGACGGGCUGGCCGCCGACAUGAAGGAAGAGUGA